AUGUUCAUUGCUCGCUCUCCGCGCGUCCAGCUUUUGUCCAAAUGCUGGUGCCAUCACUGGACUAGCUAUCGUCACCGUGUUUGUCGCUCUGCUCUUCUUCCUCAACCUAACGACGAACAGACCGGCUGGACGGGUAUCCUUGACAGCCUUCCGCCACAGCCAAUCUUCUUCGUUUGUCUUAUUGUCAAUGAUGCGGUGUAUCAACGUGUGCCGGGAACGGAGGUGUUGGAAGGAGAACCAGUGAGAAUCGGGGUGCUGAUUGUGCAGUUAUGGGGGUGUAUGAAAUACAUUGGAAUUCCUCUCGUUGGGUCUGUUGGUUUCAUGACAUAUUCUAUCGCGAGGGAGCAGGCCAGGGAUGUGGAGAGAGCAGGCCUAUGGAAACAGUGGUCGUCGCCAUUGACAACACUUGCCACCACCGCCACUUUAGCGACUCGAAUGAAUGCUGUUCGAGAGCUGACGUUCAAGGAUGGCAAACCUGGUGGAGCUAUCUUCGAGGAUGUUCUCGGAUGGAGUAAUGCUGAGUUUUCCCAACUCGGAACUGAUCCUUCGUACUAUGUCGGAGCGGUAGCGUCCUUUGAUACGUAUAGCCUCUUCAUCUAUGCAAAUGCUGACUGCAAUUGUUAUUCUUGUCUGUUGGUACCUUCAUCGCAAACUCCUGGAGCACCUCCGCAUCCAAGACGGGUUCUUUCGUGGGGUGGGACACUCGGUUUAGAGUUCGAGGGAGCCAAUAGGGCGGACGAUGUACAGAAAGGGUUGACUGGACAUAGCGGAUAUGAAAGUAUACGACAAGCGCUCAAGGCGUGA